CGCAUAAAAAAAAAUUCUCACACUUACAAAUGCUUUCAUUUUGUACCUUUUCUUUUUCUUCUUUUUUAUAUCAACAUGCCUACCAAUCCUUCUUCACGCGAUAUACAACAGAUGCGUUUCGCUUUACAAGGUGAAUCUCCUUGGCAACGUAUGAAACGAAAAUCAAAAGAUGAACCCUUUGUUCCCGCAGGUGUUGCUUUGACUUGCUUUGCUUUAAUUGCCGCGACAGUUGGUAUCAAGACAGGAAAUAAGGUAUAUGCAAACCAUAUGUUUCGACUCCGAGUUGCUGCUCAAGGAUUUACCGUAUUGGCAAUGGUAGGCGGCUCUCUUUAUUAUACUUAUCAGAAGGAUCAUACUAGAAAGUAGAAAAUACCCCCUCUAUAUUAUCUAUCCAUGUCAUUUGUAUUAGUUUCCCGUAUUUUUUUUUUAUCAAUAUUCAAUAAACAAAUACAAUAAUUUCAUGAUUCAUAAACCAUUCUUUCGCUUUAUCCUAUUUAUUCAUAUUCCAAAAAAAAAAAUAAAUAAAUAAAAAAAAAAACACAAAUAAAUAAUAAA